AUCAACAAGUUGUUAAUUUUUAGGUCAUUUCGACUAAUUUUCGUGUUGACAUAUGUUUUGGAUUGGCGAUUAUCCAGGAGUUGCGCGACAAGUUGUAAAUUAUGCAGGACCAUCUCGAAGGUCAAGAAAGACCGAAGUGAGUUUAGUAAGUCAGUCGGUCGGUCAUUUGGAAUUUGGUCCCGCGACUUUUAAGUUUAUCGGGAACAAGUGGACAGAAAUUUUUCUUCAUUUUCGGUACUGAAAAAUAAGUGCCUUUUCCUUCUUUUCCAUAAAUAGAAGAAAAAAAACACAAAAAUGUCUAAACCAAAGCAAAAAGUGUGCAUUGUCGGAAGUGGAAAUUGGGGUUCGGCUAUUGCAAAAAUUAUCGGAGCCAAUGCGGUCAAGUUCAACAAAAAAUUCGAAGAGACGGUCACCAUGUACGUGUUCGAAGAAAUGAUUGAUGGCAAAAAGUUGACGGAAAUUAUCAACGAACAACAUGAAAAUGUUAAAUAUCUUCCAGGACACAAACUUCCAGCGAAUGUGGUAGCUGUUCCAGAUGUGGUAGAAGCUGCAAAAGAUGCAGAUAUUCUUGUUUUUGUAAUUCCUCAUCAAUUCAUUCCACCGCUUUGCGCGAAUUUACUUGGAAAAAUUAAAUCAACCGCAGUUGGCUUGUCCUUAAUUAAGGGCUUUGCAACCGGAGCCGAUGGCAGUAUUGAAUUAAUCUCGAAAAUGAUUGAGAAAAAUUUGAAAAUUCCUUGCUACGUAUUGAUGGGUGCAAAUUUAGCGAAUGAAGUAGCCGAGGAAAAGUUCUGCGAAACAACUAUUGGUUGCAAAGAUAAACGUCUGGCACCACUUCUCAGGGACAUCAUUCAAACAUCAGAUUUCAGGGUCGUUGUGGUAGAGGAUUGCGAAGCUGUCGAAGUCUGCGGUGCACUUAAGAAUAUUGUGGCGUGUGCUGCGGGAUUCGUGAGUGGUCUAGGAUUAGGUGACAACACCAAAGCUGCUGUGAUAAGACUUGGUCUUAUGGAAAUGGUGAAAUUUGUCGACACAUUUUACGGUGGUUCCAAAUUGUCCACAUUUUUCGAAAGCUGUGGUGUUGCCGAUCUUAUUACCACUUGCUACGGAGGAAGAAAUCGUAGAGUUUGCGAGGAAUUUGUGAAAUCUGACAAGUCAAUAAAGCAAUUGGAAGACGAACUUCUGGGUGGACAGAAAUUGCAAGGUCCAGCUACCGCAGACGAAGUGAAUGGAAUGUUGAAACUUAAAAACAUGACUGAUAAAUUUCCAUUAUUUACCGCUGUUCAUCGUAUUUGCACUAAAGAAAUUAAACCUACAGAAUUAAUAAAUCAAAUUCGCAAUCAUCCAGAACAUGUAAUGCGAAUGGAGGGAGUCAUUGAAGAUCCAGAUAAUUAGAAAUCAACAUUAUGUGUUCAUUGCACAUUCGUUCAAAAUAACUGCUGUUCAUGCUUAUCAAAACAUGUACGGAUUAGUACGAUAAAUAUUAAUAUUGUAAAUACAUUUGUGUUUUCAUAAAAAGUUUAGAAAAAAUUAAAGUAUAUUUUAUCAGAUAACAAGUUUAU